UUAUUUAAAGCUUAAUUCUUUCUGAUAAAGAUUCAUUUAACCAAUAGUUUCUAUUCUUAUUAGUUUCAUUCAAGAGUGAUUAUUCAACUGCCUCAAGAUGGAAGAUCAAUUUAUCCUUUUAGAAAAUACUAAUGUUACGAUUGUGAAUAGAAAAAAAUCUUACGAAAUUUCUAAACAAAAGUUAUCGUCGAUUCCUUACUUUGUGAAACUAUUUGCCGAUUCUGAUUGUGACACAACCAAAAUAGAACUUGAUCUUGAUGAAAAUUCAUUUGAUAAUAUUGUUGAUUUUAUCGUCAACAAUCAUCUAUCAAUAUCUAUGGAAAAUGCGUUCUCAAUGAUGGAAAUUGCUGAUUAUCUCGGAAUGGACGAUAUUAAACAGAAAUAUUAUGCUUGUUUCGUGUCCAAUUUCAACAUUAAACUAUUGGGAGAGUUUUUGGAUUUUUAUGAGAAUCGUGAAUACCCUGCGAAUUUUACUGAAAAUAAGGUGAAAUCUUUCAUUGGGAAAUAUUUCGUUCCAAUUUCCAACACAAGAGCAUUUCUGAAAUUUCCUGUUGCUCUAAUUGAACGAAUUUUAAAAAUGAAUUUGAUAUCGCCCAUCUCUAAUUUGGUUGUUUCUUACGAGUAUCAAAUAGUUGAAGCUAUUGAUCGUUGGAUCAAAUUUGAUGAACAAGAUCGAAAACAACAUCUUCCUCAUCUUAUGAAGUUCGUCAAUUUUUGUCAUUUGAAAGAAAGAGAAAUAACAGACGUCGUUUUUAAGGAAAUGAAAAACUUCACUGGCAUACUAGCAAAUUUUGGAUUCCAUUUCCACACUCAACAGUUGAAAGAACAUUCUCCCCAUGCUUGUCAACCCGAAUUCUGCCAAUCUGAUUGUAAAAGUAAUCGACAUUCCUACAAGUCUUUGGUCUCAAUCUAUGAACUUGGUGAAGAUAACAUUGAGAUCCGUCGAUUGUCAAGAUCAAAUAAUUGGACAAAAAGUUACCAAUUCACUCGCGAUGAGACAAUGUCCACUUCUCUGAUUGAGGCUGAUCAUAUCGUCGAUAUAAUCUAUGAUUCAGGAAGAAAAGGUAUUCGAAUUGAUUGGAACACAAAGAAAUUCAGAAACUUGAAAAUGUUUGGUGGUGACGAUUCUUAUUAUGGUCAAGUUUACAAAUAUUUCGCUCAUGAUAUUUGUACUGAUUCCACUCAUUUUAAGAUCUCGAAUGCGCUUACAGAAUCUAGUAAUAAACGUUUCAACAUAAAGCGUGUAGAAUCACUUUCUCUGAGUGACAAGUUGGCGGUAACUUGCUAUCUGGAUGGAUAUUCGAGUGAUUGUCAUGUUUUCGGUGUCCAUAGAUCAUCGUCCCCGCAAUAUUAUUUUCCGUCUCUUGAUUAUCGAAAACUGUCUUCUUGUGAAUUGAAGGACCAACUCAAGCCCGUUCAUGUUUGUCCUCGAAUCUAGGUAGCGAUUCAAAAUCUCAAAAAGUCUUGUACAAUUUGACCCAACAAGAUUUCAGUCGAUAUUCAUUGCGAGAGCCUCGAAGUAAAGGACCUAUGAUUGAAAUCCAGCGACAGCUUAUGGUGCGACACGAAGGUGGCAAAGAUGAAUCAAUAGUACUUGACUAUUCGUUUCUGAAAGAUUUCAUAGGAAGCGAUUCUCUUGAUCACAUCGAGCUGAUUUCUCAUAACAACUCGAUUCUUAUUUGCAACAAGGAAACGAAAAUGAUUUAUUCUUAUAUGGAGGAAACUGAUCAUUGGCAAUUUAUGACUAAAAUUGAAUCUUCAGAAAAGAUGAUCGCAAUUGCAUUCGUCUAUUUUCCGAUCGGAUCGGAAUAAUAACUAACGAUUGUCAAUCUUGAAACAAAUUCGACUUUUUCUAUUAAACUUGAUAAUCUUUACUUUCUGAUUACAAUAAAAUAAAUAAAUUCUUCAAUAGUUGCUA